AUUUAUGGUGGAGUGGGAAAUGGGCAUUUGAAGGCAAAUAAAAGCCACCACAUCAAAUAAAACAUCGUGGAUCAAAAGGACCAACGUAUGGAAUUUUUUCCCCUAGUCUGCCACGCUUGAUCAUAUCCCGAGCCCAGCCCCGCUCUUCUUAUUGGCUGGGCAGGCACACAAGGGGGGAAAGUUUGAAUAAAAUACAAGCGCAUGGCACAACAGUUGUCGUUCAAGCUUGUGCGCUUGAUCCAGAAGCGCCGUAGUCAGUCUUUUUUAAAGACAGGGGAGAAGAGAGAAGUGCGCGCACUCUUUUAACAUUUUUUCCAAAAUUUUAAGGGACUUUUUGAAUAUUAGUGACGUUAGAUUUACAUCAUUGCAAAAAUACGCGUCCUUAAACUUGUGCGUAAUUGUUAAAACAAUUCUUCAGGAAAAGUUAUUUUUUUGGAAGAAAACGUGUCGAAGAUGAGAUCGACCAGAAUGGUUUCAUCAGUUCUGCUGCUGGUGCUGAUGCAGUCCGGCGCUCUGUGCGCGCGGCGGUUCCGGGGUGGCCGCAACCCACAACCACGGCGCGCGCCCCCUUCUCCCACUCACCGAGCGGACCGGGGCGACACCACGGAGAGCUUCCCGCUGGAUUUCACGGCAGUGGAGGAAAACAUGGAUAACUUCAUGACACAAGUGAAAAACCUGGCGCAGUCGCUGUAUCCGUGCUCCGCGCAGAAGCUUGACUACGACAUGAAGCUGAACUUUCUGAAGAACACAUCCGUCACCUGCAACGACGGUAGUCCUGCGGGAUACUACCUGAAAGAGUCUCGGGGAAGCAGGCGGUGGCUUAUAUUCCUUGAAGGCGGCUGGUACUGUUUCAACAAGGAAAACUGCGACAGUCGAUACGAAACUAUGAGGAGGUUUAUGAGCUCAUCUAAGUGGCCACAAACAAAAACAGGCACAGGGAUCCUGUCGCCGCUGCCUGAGGAGAACCCUCACUGGUGGAAUGCAAACAUGGUUUUCAUUCCAUACUGCUCCAGUGACGUGUGGAGCGGCGCUACAGCCAAAACAGAGCAAAAUUUUUACGCCUUCAUGGGGUCGCUGAUCAUCCAAGAGGUAGUGAAAGAUCUGCUGAACAAAGGUCUGGACAACGCCAAAGUCCUCCUGUUAGCAGGAAGCAGUGCUGGCGGCACAGGGGUUCUGCUGAAUGUGGACGCCGUCGCUGAGCUGCUGGAGGGUUUGGGCCACACGGGGAUCCAAGUGCGAGGCCUCUCGGACUCUGGCUGGUUCCUGGACAACAAGCAGUACCAGUGCACAGACUGUGGAGACACCGCGGCCUGUGCCCCCACAGAGACCAUUAAAAGAGGCUUUAAAUACUGGGGAGCAGUGGUGCCAGAGAGGUGCAGACAAACCCACGAAGGAGAGGAGUGGAACUGCUUCUUUGGAUAUAGAGUCUUCCCUUCAAUUAAAAGCCCCGUGUUUGUGGUUCAGUGGCUCUUUGAUGAGGCCCAGCUGACUGUCGACAAUAUCCAGCUAACAGGGCAACCUGUGCAGGAGGGCCAAUGGCGCUACAUCCAGAAUCUGGGCACUGAGCUGAGAAACACACUCAAGGAUGUCCCGGCUAUGUUUGCUCCGGCAUGCCUGUCCCAUGAACUUAUCACCAGAAACUACUGGAUCGACGUGCAGGUUAAAGGCACUUCAUUACCCAGAGCCCUGCACUGCUGGGACCGCAGCCUCCAGGACAACAGGAACAACAAGGCUCCGCCCAAAGCCUGCCCGGUGCAUCUGAUCGACAGCUGCCCGUGGCCGCACUGCAACCCCACCUGCCCCACCAUCCGAGACCAGUUCACGGGGCAGGAGAUGAACGUUUUUCAGUUCCUCAUGCACAUGGGCUUCGAUGUGCAAAAGAUGGCCCAGCAGCAGGGCAUGGACCCCAGCAAACUACUGGGCAUGCUCAGUAGCGGCAGCUAAAUGACGUCUCUCACACAAGCACAUAAGCUAAAGCCAAGCAGAGCCGGCCGGCGUCAGCGGCCGGUCUCCCAUGACUUGUACCUCCAAACAUCUGUCAAAACCAUUCAGUCUAUAAUGCUUUUCCCCUUUUUCAAUUCAGGCAAAACCUCACAAGAUCCAAAAACUUCAAUUCUCACAACGAUAUUUAAACUGACAUCCUGACAAGGCACAAUUAACUGCUACUUUAGUUUGUAUUUUUUUAUAUAUAUAUAUACAUAAAUUAAUAAAAAAGAGUCACAAACAAUAAUCCAUUUGUAAGGUUAAUAAGUGACGUUUUCUUUCUCUUUUCAUCCUUUUGGAUUUAAUUGAGAAAAAAAGUAAAAACAAGCAAAAAUAGAUUUGAAGGAAUGUUAUGCAAAAUAACUUCUAAAUGAGAAUGAUAAUUUUAACCAACUUUGAAAUUUAAUCAAGAACAAAAGAUCCUAAAGUGAAAAAGUAAAAUUCUUCAUAUUUGAUCAUUUUAUUUUGAUGUGACAACACAAAAUUGUGAUUGUUCACCAAAUUGAAAGAAUUUGUUUUUCUCUGAUUUAAAUAGGAAUAACAUAGAUUUUUGUAAUAUGUUGUUUUGGUGCUAAAGUGUAUUUACAAACAUUUUGUUUAUAGAUACACAAAAGGCCAUAAAAGCCUCUUUUAGUUUGUCAUUACAGGACUGCGUACACCUUUUCACGGGAAAAGCAUUCAUUCUCGGUCACCUCAGUCUUUCAGCUGUCUUCAAACUCAAUGCAAUGAACAUUUAAAGGGAGACAAAUAAUGUGUAUUGUAUAUUUUUGAGUAUUUGUAUAGGUUCUUCUAAGUGCUCGCUCUUCUAACUCCCUCAUAUUUCAUGAUAGAGAUGUUUUUAAUAUAAUGACGAUGCUGUAUGUAAUGUCUGUUUUAAAGGAACUAUUUCACUUCACACACAAAAAAAUGGAGAAGUAUUACUAAUUGUAAUUUUAUUCUGUAACAUAUUUUUUAACAGAAAGAUAAAACUCAACCUACAUUGGUAAUUUACAUAUUUAUUUUGUUAUGUAAAUCAUAUUUAUAAGUGCUAUUUUCACAGAGAAGUGAUUCUUUGUAAAUUGUAAAUACAGUGCUAUUGUUUUCUUUGUGUUGAUUGCAUGUCUUUGUAUCAGACAAAAAAAGACAUUACAAACACUACAAAGUAAACUUUUGCUGUUUAUUUUUUACCGUAUAUUAUAUUUCUUGACAAAUUAAUUGGUUUUAGUGGGACUAAAAGUACAGAAAAGCAGAUUUGAUUAGUGUCUGUGAGUAAAAACAUCUUGACAAAAAUUGUAAUUUUUAAAUCAGUAAAACAGGUUAAGAAGAAAGUGAAAAAUGGAGGAACUUUAGGUUGUGCAUUUUAAGAAUCGAAUUAUUUUGAUACUUUUUCCACUCUAAUUUGUUUUUUUUAGGAAACUACAAGCUGCUUAGAUUGGGAAAAUGUUAAGAAAAUUUCAAAUUAAAUAUCAAAAAAGGAUGCAAAAUAGGUCUAAAUAACUAAUAAAUAACAAAUAAAAUGCAAAAAGAAACAAGUUUCAACUCAAAUUUGACAUUCCUCUUGUGUGUGUUGUAUUACAAAUUGCAGUAUAUUUUUACUCAAAUUCAAGCUACUGUACAGCAAAGGUUUAUCUGCUGAGUUUCUGAUCACCUGUGAAGCCUUAAUGACAUUGUUCUAAUUUUUGUCAUUGAAAAACAUCAAAUCUGUUUGAGGGAAAUGUAUUUAACCUUCAUUUUACCAGAUAAAAACAGAUUAAGAACAACUUUCGUUUUAACUGCAGCCUGGAAAGAUGAAAAAAAGUUGAAAAAAAGACCAUAAAUUAAAAUAAAUAGAAAAAA